UAAAACCAGGUGUCUUUAAAGUUUAAACAAAAAUUUAAAUAUUUCUGACAGUUUUGAUCAUAUCGCCUGUAAUUUGCCAAUUGUUUUUUAAAAAUAUUUAAUCGCCACUUUACAAUUUUGUACUUUAAUAUUGUUCAUAUUUCUAUAAAAAAAAUUAUUUCAUAAAUUUGCACGAAGUUGUAAAUAUUUUACAACAAUUUGCGAACAUUAUAUUACCUGAAUAAUAUGGUAGCCACGAAUUUAAUGGCAAAUCCGGACCGAGAUGUUCUCUCUAAAAAGUCGAGUGAGAAUAUGAUUUACAGUAUUGAUGACUUCAAAUUAGGAAUGCGCAUUUCUUCGGGUGAAGAUAUUGGCACAAUACGGUACAUUGGAAGUAUUGAGGGAUAUAAUGGAAAUUGGCUUGGUAUCGAUUGGGAUUGCCCAACUAGAGGGAAGCAUAACGGGUCAGUUCAUGGAAACAUUUACUUUAAUGCGAGUCAUGAAACGUCCGGAUCGUUUGUGCGACCUUUUAAAGUUAAUCUUGGUGUAUCGAUUGCUGAUGCCUUACGUGGUAAAUAUGGUGAAGUUACAGAUGCCGAAAAAGAACGAUUAAUUCAAGAACGACUCGAGUCCGUAUCGAAAAGUAUUAAUGCACCGUUUUUAGAACUUGUUGGUUUUGGUAAAUUAGAAAAAAAACAAAGUGAUUUCAAAGAAUUGCGAAUUGUUGGUUUACGUGAACUUCAAAUAAAUGAUUUGGGCGAUUUAAAAGAAUUUUCACGACUAUGUCCUAAUGUAAUUGAACUGGAUUUGUCAAAAAAUUUAAUUACAUCUUGGGACACAAUAAUCGAAAUUUGUAAAGAUUUGCCAUUUCUAAGGCGUUUAAAUGUCAGUGAAAAUAAAUUGGAAUUACCAGUAAAUAUUGGGUAUGGUGCAUUAUCACAAAUAAAAACAAUUAUCUGUGGUGAUAUGAAUGUAACUUGGCAUAAUAUUGUAUAUUUAUCACAAAUGUGGCCGAAUAUUGAAGAAUUACGAAUACCAUUUAAUAAUAUUACCAAUUUAGACACUACAUUUAAUUUAAAUUAUGUAUUUCUAAAAUUAUCAACCAUCUUUUUACAAAGUAAUCCAAUUCAAUCAUGGCAUGAAAUUAAUAAACUUGGUACAUUAAAUACAUUGAAAAAGUUAAUAUUAACAGAAUGUAAUUUAUGUGAAAUUGAAUUUCCUGAUUGUUUACCAACUGAAAAAAGUAAUUUAUUUAAGAAUUUACAAUGUUUAUCGAUUGCUGAAAAUUUAAUUGAUAAUUGGAAAUCAAUUUCUGAAUUAGAAAAACUUAGAAGUCUUACUGAAUUACGUUGUACAAAAAAUCCGAUCGAUUCGACAGAAACAACAGCAUCUUGUUUUCAAUUGAUUGUUGCAAGAAUUGGUAAUUUGAAGAAUUUGAAUGGAACAGAAUUACAUAUAGAUGAUAGACGAGGUGCUGAAUACGAUUAUAUGAAAAAAUAUGCAAAUGAAUGGCAUAAAUGUCAAAAUGAUAAUGAAAAAAUGAAAGAUUUUGUAUCAUUACACCCGAGGUUUCCCAUUUUAGUUGAGAAAUAUGGUUCACCUGAUAAAAUUACAAAAACUGUACAUACAAGUUUAAAGUCGAAUUUACUUGAAUUAGAAUUUAUAAAUGAAGAUAAAAAAAUUAUUAAAAAAAUACCACCCGGUAUGCUUGUGGAUAAAUUAACAACAUUAAUACAACGUUUAUUUAAAUUGGAUUCAACACCAAAAUUAUAUUAUGUUAGUUCAACAGAUGAGAAUAAUUGUGAACGAAAUAUGGACAAUAAUUUAAAAGAUUUACAAUAUUAUUCAAUACAAAGUGGUGAUAGAAUAUAUAUUCGAACUGAAUAAAAUAGUUUUUUGGUAGAUAAUCGAAUUGGUAUUACGA